GAGGCUGGAAGAGGGGUCUUUGUGGUGCACGAUUAAAGUUUGAAGCUUCAUGUCCAAGUCUCGGUUGAUAAACAAUAAUGAGGCAAAUAACCUUGAGAAAGUGAAGUUCUACUGUGCAAUGUACUGCCGUUAUGAAGGAAGAAGACUCAUUUCUUUUUAGUGCAUAAUUUUGAACAUUCCCCAUUGGAAAAAAGAAUGCACCUCUGUGAUACCGGGGCAUCGAUGAAUGAGGUUUGUUAGGCAUUGAUAAGCAUGCUGAUAACGAUAGCGGAUGGUCCAGAGACAAAUGAGCAAUGAAUCAUAUUGUUCAGUCUAUUAACCGCUUGACUGAGAAUACAGUUAGUUCAGAAAAGCGAAACAUUUUUUGCUCGAAUAGUAAAUAGUAUCCAUGGCUAGUAGGCCAUCGAUAGAUUUUAGCAAGCUACAAUGCUUUCCCGAAAUCGAAAGCAGUAACAAAAAAAUCAUCACUAAAUCUUUUCUAGAAUCUGCAAGUCAAGUGAUAGACAGUAUAGAAACAUUUGGAAUGAUUUUCAAACCAAUAGUAAAAGAUAUGCGUGGCAAUGUGAAGAGGCUGGAGGGUAAAUACCGAAUAAACGAGCAAGCAUUUUACUAUCUUGAGGACAUGAUUUUGUAUGACGAGGAUGGUAAUCGAAACUCGUUUGAUUCGUUUACUGAAGGAUUACUGUGGCUUAAGCGAGCGUUAGAAAUGAUUGAAAUGUUCUUCAGGAACGUAUUGGAUGAUACAUCCUGCAGCGACAGUUUGAAACAGCACCUAAGAAAAGCAUACGAUAACACACUCUUGCCUUAUCACGGAUUUUUAGCCCAAAAAGGAUUUCAGAUUCUUCAUCAUUAUGUUCCCAGUAGGACUGCACUUCUCGGCUCAAAGGAACCAUUUUUGGAUAAUGUAAAUGCAUUAAAAGUAUUUUUAAUAUCCUUCAAAGCUAAUAUUGACCAUUUGAAUACAUUUUUCGAGUCUAAUAAUUUUAACAGAACCUACAAGGUGUGAUUUUAAAUCAUGUGCAAUCAUGUUGCGGGUUGCACUUUAUCGGAUUAACAUUUUGAUAAUUUAAACAAUUUGUCGCCACCGGUCAUUUUAAGAAGGUUAAUGGAAGGCAGCUUUAAUAAAAUAAGUAUCAACAUAGCCAUAAGUCAUAUGUAACAACACAGAGGCCGUACUUACGAAAUGAGAUACAUGAGAAAUCACAGAAGUGAAACAAAGUUAAUAAAGAUAAACAAAAUAAA